CUGACAGCUCGGUCCAUGGAUAGAUCGUCUUUCACAGAGAGAAAAGGAAACGGGAGAAAACCCGAUUCGACUGAGGUGGACGACAGGUGGACCGAAUGACCCAACUGGAAGAAUGACUCAAGAGCAUCGUCUCAUUAAACGAAUGGGAUUAUUCCAGCGUUAUGAUACGCCCAUGCGACGAGAUGUAUGUAUGUUGUGAUGUACAGUGAACGAUCUAGGUAACCAGAAACAUACACCUGAAUCCAGAAAAUACGGUUAUUUUGAGAGGAAGCCUGGAUGAACGCAUGGAUGUACCGUUAAACGUAUCUCUGGAUUACAAGAAAUAUUGUUGUAGAAUGUAGAAAUGAACUAAGUUUUAUUAUUAUUAUUAUUAUUAUUAUUACUACUACUACUAAUAGUAGUAGUAAUACUAUUAUCAUUGCCAAGAUGGUGGACGCAUCUUCUGCUGGCUUCUAUUUAGGCAACAGUAACACAUUAUGGUGAAGUAUUUCGUAGCCUUGCUAUCACCACGACCUGGAUAAAUGUCACCUUUGUGCAAUCCAUUCGCAUCACUCUCAUUUCUCAAAUUAAGAUAAUAUAUUUCAGUAUCAUAUUAACAACCAAUACUAACACGAGGUUUCGCUUAAGCGUGUCAAAAAUUAUGUAGGCUCUAUAUACGCAACAGUCCCCAGCUUUAUGAAUCAGCUGCUUGGUGACUAUAAAAGGUCUAGCUUCUGUUCAAAAUGACAACCACGGAAAAUGAGGACGAAAUGAUCGAGGUAAACACUCGCACGUGUAAUUUGUAGAAAUAGGCUAAGAUAAAGUGACUGGCUGGUUGGUUUUUCAUGACGUGUAUUAAAAGGCAAACCACUGUAGAUCUGCAGUACAGUCCUUGGCGCUGCCAUCUCUCUGUUAUGAUUCACAUCUUAAAAUGGAUGCGCGUUUUUCUUAAAAGCUGUUUAGAGACUUAAACUAGAUAAUACCGUGGCCGAUUUGCAGGAUUUACACGUUAAUUAAUAUUAGGCGGAAAUAAUUGUGGAUGCUUGGUCAUCUUUGUAUACCUGUCAAAUAUGAGCUGCAAGGGAAAAAUGUCUUGAAGAUGCCUUGAGCUUGCACAUGCAUGACCUUUAAGGCUAUGAAUAUUCAUUAGCAUCGAUUGCAAAGAAUAAAAGUGAUGUCCUAUGCAUUUGUGCAAAUAUGACAUGGAUCAGAUUUCGAUGGAUUAGAGUCAACAUUCCAAAAUAAGCUCUUCAUCUUGAAGCACCAUAUUAUAUGAUGUGGGGCCAACUGUGAGAAAACCCACCUUCUUCCUGUUGUUAUCAUGUAGUACAAUCCAUUUUGUUGAAGAGUUGAAAAGAAAAAUCAAUCAAGCUGUCUCCAAGACCUUCAAUGAUAACAGUUUCUAUUGGAAAAGUCAAUGUCAUUUCAAACAACCAAAAAUACUUUUUGACUUUUUGAAUCAAUAUCCUCUAGAUUGACUUGAUAUUCUGACCUAAUCUCAAGCACUUUGGAUCUCUUGUUUCUUUAUGUAAAACUUGUUACACAAUGCAAAGCUCUUAUUCAAUAUCCUCUUCCUAGUCUUAUUAGAGCUGCAAGCACACACACUAACCGAAUGACGGGUUGCAUCUGUUUGAAAGGACAAGGCUCUUUAAAUGUUAAGACACACACAAAGUGGGCUGUGGGCAAUCCAAGCAAUCGGUGAGGACGGUGAAAGGGCAGCCCAGCUGAAGCUUUACCUGUUGAUUUCUUCCCUUUUCAAGAAGGCCUGUACUCAGUAGAUGGGCUCUGCAUGGAUAUUGUGCGUGAGUUGACCGAGGGCCUCCUCCAGCAGUUGAAACCUCAUCGCUGACCUGUACACUCAGCAAUGGACCCAUAUACAAGUGGAGUAGGAGGUGGUAGCAGCAUCGCCCCAAUACCUUGCACCAGCAGUGGGGGCUCCUGUGGCCCCCCACUUCCCUCUGCCCUCCCUGCAAAUACAGCUUCAAUGCCCCGCCUGACACAUGCAGAGAACAGCAGCAGCUGGAACUCCUCAACCCUUUCCUCUUCUGUGGAGUCCCCAGAUUCCCAUCUACCCCAUCACCAUGAAGGGAGUAACACUUUCUGGACGGCCGUGUUCGACUAUGAGGCCACAGCAGAUGAGGAGCUGACCCUACGGCGUGGCGAUCUACUGGAGGUACUCUCUAAGGACUCUAAAGUGUCUGGAGAUGAGGGCUGGUGGACUGGCAAAAUACAGGACAAGGUGGGCAUAUUCCCCUGUAAUUAUGUGACUCGACGGGAUACCACAUAUCCUGCAUUGCCCCCUGGAGGCCUGGUUGGUGGAGAAUCUCCACUGGAGAUUGAUUUCUCAGAGCUGUGCUUGGAGGAGGUGAUUGGUGCCGGUGGGUUUGGAAAGGUCUAUAAGGGUGUGUGGAGAGGUAAGGAAGUAGCUGUUAAAGCGGCCCGCCAGGACCUCGAUGAGGAUAUCAGUGCCACAGCAGAGAACGUGAGGCAGGAGGCCAGACUCUUCUGGAUGCUCCGACACUGCAACAUCAUCUCCCUGCGAGGUGUUUGCCUACUGGAGCCAAAUCUUUGCCUGGUUAUGGAGUACGCCCGUGGCGGGGCUUUAAACCGGACACUUGCUGGGAAGAAGGUGCCCCCUCGGGUACUGGUGAAUUGGGCAGUUCAGAUUGCGACUGGAAUGGACUACCUGCACAACCAGACCUUUGUGCCAAUCAUUCACAGAGACCUCAAAUCCAGCAACAUUCUGAUUCUGGAGCCCUUGGAGAGAGACGACCUGAGUGGGAAAACUCUGAAGAUCACAGACUUUGGGCUUGCACGGGAAUGGCAUUGCACCACAAAGAUGAGCGCAGCAGGCACGUAUGCCUGGAUGGCUCCUGAGGUCAUCAAGCUGUCCCUGUUCUCCAAAAGCAGCGAUGUGUGGAGUUUUGGAGUGUUACUCUGGGAGCUGCUCACUGGUGAGGUGCCAUACCGGGAAAUCGAUGCUUUGGCUGUAGCUUACGGUGUUGCCAUGAACAAGCUGACUCUACCCAUCCCCUCCACCUGUCCUGAGCCCUUUGCACAGCUAUUGGAAGAGUGUUGGUGUCCUAACCCACAUGGCCGUCCAUCUUUCGGGAGUAUCCUGAGGAGACUGCUGGCCAUUGAGCAGUCCGCCAUGUUCCAGAUGCCACUGGAGUCUUUCCAUUCCCUACAGGAGGACUGGAGGCUGGAGAUCCAGCAGAUGUUUGAUGAACUACGGGCGAAGGAGAAGGAGUUGCGAUCUUGGGAGGAAGCUCUUGCACGGGCAGCCGAGGAGCAGAGAGAGCAGGAAGAGCACCUGAGGAGGCGUGAGCAAGAGUUAGCUGAGCGGGAGAUCGACAUUGUGGAGAGAGAGCUCAACAUAAUCAUUCAUCAGAUGUACCAAGAGAAACCACAUGUGAAAAAGCGCAAAGGCAAUUUCAAAAAGAGCCGACUUCACAAACUGGGAAGAGACAGUAACUGCAUCAGUCUGCCCUCUGGGUUUGAGCAUAAGAUCACAGUGCAAGCUUCACCCAGUGUGGACAAGAGGAAAGGUCAGGGCAGUGAGAGCACCACUCCUCCAGCCAGCCCAGGGGUCAUCCCUCGCCUCAGAGCCAUAUGCUUGGCACCCAGUGAUGGGAGGAAGACAUGGGGCAGAACAGCAAUGGGUAAGAAAGAGGACCUGGCAGGGACCAAGAAGAAGGUUCGAACAUGGGGACCCAGCUCCACACAUCAGCGAGAGAGAGUGGGUGGAGAAGACAGGUUGAAAUCACUUGGAGAAGCGAAGGUGUGGUCAUCCAGUGCUCCAAAUUUAGGGAAGUCCCCAAAACAUGCUCCCAUGACAGGGUUCUCAAGCCUAAAUGAAAUGGAGGAGCACUCUGAGUUUGUAGACACUUCCCCAGCCAGUCUUGCCCCGGACCUGAGCAGUAAUGGGGCGAUGGAGGAGGUGGUCUCCGGAUCAGUGGGUGUAGGGCCGGGUGGAGGCUCACAGGACUCACUUAGACGCUGCAGCCAGAGGAAGAAGAGUGACCUGCUGCUGCUGGGCUGUGCUUCCAUCCUGGCCGCUGUGGGGCUCGGAUCUGACAUUUUAAAGCUAGGGCGACAGCAGAUGAGUCAAGAUGAGCAGGACCUGCGAGAGGACCAGAGGAAGAAGAAGGACGGCCUGUUCCAGCGCACAGGCCGAUUCAGACGCAGCACCUCUCCACCCAGCCGCACGCUGUCACUGUCCCUCUCCCACAACCGCCAUCAUGACUCCACCCUGCCCAGCAUGGACCCCUCUCCCUCUGUCACACUUCUCUCCCUUUCCUCCCUCUCUGACUGCAACUCCACCAAGUCCCUGUUGCCUUCUGAUCCCGAUGACUUUGCUCUGACCCCCAGCAGUGCCCUCCCAGUAGUCUCUCCUGCUCCAGCAUUAAACCCUCUGCUGGACCUGAGGGCAGAGAGCUUCAAACGAGAGCCCAAUCAGUCCCUCACCCCCACCCAUGUCUCCGCUAGCAUGGCAUUGAACCGCGGGCACCGGCGCACACCCUCUGACGGUGCCAUCCGUCCUCGAUCAAAGACAGUCGUUGGACAUCGCCGCACCCCCUCUGAUGGGAGUAUGCCCUUUCCCCCUCCACCAGCCCCCACAAUUGCACCAUUCACAGGUUCUCAUGACACUCUUGACAUUCCACGUCUACCUGACCCAUUUAUGGUCUACCCCCCUGCUCAUCGCCGCAAACCUGCCCCUCCAAUCUCAGUGCCAGAGCCAGACAUUCAUGCGGGCACACUCGAGCGUCCCAAAACCCUUGAGUUCGCUCCCCGCCCACGCCCCACCCCAGCUCGGGCACGUCCGGACCCCUGGAAGCUCUCGUCUCUGUCACGGACACUCAGCUCUUCUCCUAGUAGCAGCUGUGAGAGUCCGCUGGGAUCAGGAGACAGUGGAGUAAGUGCAGGGGUGAGCGCCGCUCAUCAAACCCUCUUGGACAUGGACAUGGAGGGCCAGAACCAGGACAUCACAGUCCCCUUGUGCAGACAAAAACACCCACAGCCCACUCUGUGUGGUAAACAUUUCUCAUAGAAAGACAUAGUUCUCACACUCUGGGAUCAUGCACUCUGUGGCAGUCAUAAGAGUAGUUCCCCACAGUUUUCCCUCUGAUUCCAGCAAACCACUUUCUUUGGUAGGCAGCUGAAAUGGGAAAAGCUGCCCACUGCGGUGGCUAGACAGAUGCCUUCUAGACAAGUUGGGAUCCAGUUAAGAGAUAAAUGACCUUGAUUUGUUUAUCUCAGCCUUUCUGCAAUGACUCAUUGUCUCUAAGCUUAAUGGGCAUCAUAAUGGCUGAGGUUGUUUCAUAAUGUCCAGCCUAUAGCAAGAAGCUUUAUCACAUGGAGCAGGAGAGGGCAGUCUAUCUACACCCCUAUUUCUCUUUAGGUCUGUGACCUUCCUUGUUUUUCCAUAUCGGUUAUCAUAGAGUCCGUCUCUCUCAACUUGGUCUCCACAGACAUGACCAGUUUUUGGUCUGAGGGAAAAAUUACAAGCUCUUUUUUGCCAUUGUUCCUUCCAAUGUGUAAACAUUGUGAAGUUCAGUAAGGGGCUAUUCACAUGGGACGUGUAAUUGUGUCCGAGUGUGUUGUUUGCUAAAGGAAUUUUCUGGGUUCAAUACAAGGUAAGCUCGAUGAACGGCAUUUGUUGCAUAAUGUUGAUUUCCACCAAAAAUUAUUUCAAAUCAUCCCUCCUUUAUUUAAUUAUUUUUUUUAAUUGUGGCUGCAGUAAGGCUCUUUCAUUGGAAGUAAAUGGGGCUAGACCAUAAACGCUAAAAAUACACAGUUUUAAAAGUAUAGCCACUAGAUGUAAACAUUAUUGUUACGAUUCACUGUAGUCUGGCCUGUGUUUCUCCCCAGUCAUCUGUUCCCAGACUACACUUCCCAUAAUUCCCUGCUCUCAUCUCUGCCAGCUGUCCUUCAUUGUCCCCACCUGUGUUUCAUUUAGUCAUUAUCCUUUGUGUAUUUAAGCCCUGUUGUUUGAUCAUUCCUUGUCAGUUGUUGCAUGUGUUUGACCUCUUGUGUGUUUUCUGAAUUUUUCCCACCGUGGAUGUUUUCUUUGUUCCUGCGUUUGCCCGUUAUUUUUUAUUUUGUUUAUCUUUCCAUUAAAAUCCAUAGCUGCACCUAGAUCCAGCUCUCUUGACUUUUUUCCUAGCGUUACAGAACAACUGACCAUGAAUGAUCAAACAACAGGGUUUAAAUACACAAAGGAUAAUACACAUAUACACAUAAGGUAUACAACAUGGCGCCGCAGAUGGCCGCCUCGGUGUGGAGCUCUUCAAUUCUUUUGUUGUUUUUGUUAGUUUGUCCUGUGUUUAGCAAUCUUUUACCAAUCAGUUUUACCAGGGACGAACUGCUGAACAUUCAGCAGCACAUACCAGAUAAUCUUUUCCCGGUUUUUCAAUAUUCGGACGUUUUGCUGGACAUUUUAGUUGGAGGCGCUGCUGUGUUGUUUAGAUGCGCUACGAGACGCAGGCGAGGGAGACGAGCUGGCGCGCUGGUUAAACUCCGUCAGCGCGGCGUUCGAACAGCACUGCCGAGCAUUCAUCUCGCGAAUCUCCGCUCUCUUCCCAACAAAACGGACGAACUACAUCUCCUCACACAUACUAAUAAGGACUUUUCAAACUCUGCUGCACUGUGCUUCACUGAAACCUGGUUGAGUGAAGCC